CCCUUUUUAGCUCAUGCUAUUGUCCGCAGGGCCGAAAGCAAUAACUCAAGAAUAUACAAAUUUUAUCAAGAAAACUUGACGCCCAGAUAUGGCGUCACCAACUCCUCUCUUCUUCCUCUUCUUCCUCAUCACAACAGCUUCAUUCCCCAAGUCAUCGCGAACCCAAUCGAUAUCAGAGACCAGUAAUGGAGAAGGCUUCAUGGCUAUGGAGCUAUCGGAGAGAGGUCUUGAAUUUCUCAAGGACUUGCUCAUAAACAAGGCGAUUGCCUCAACAAUACCUCUGAAAUUGCCACGGCUCGAGAAAUCUGCCAAGUUUCCUUUCCUGGGCAAUGUUCAGAUGACGCUCACGGGCAUCACAAUCGAUGAAAUUGACGUUUUGUCGUCUUAUGUUAAGCCUGGUGACACUGGCGUGGCGAUUAUAGCUUCUGGGAUGACUUGUAAUUUGAGCAUGAAUUGGUAUUACAAGUACAGUUCCUGGCUUCUUCCUGUGGAGAUUUCUGAUAAGGGGAACGCUUCUGUUCAGGUUGAAGGAAUGGAAGUUGGGCUUACAUUAGGGUUGAAGAACCAGAACGGAAGCCUGAAGCUUUCAGCUAUGGAGUGUGGCUGCAUUGUUAGAGGUAUCAAGAUAAAUGUGGAUGGAGGAGCAUCGUGGCUCUAUCAAGGAAUGAUCGAUGCAUUUGCAGGACGCAUCACAUCUGCAGUUGAGAGCACUAUUACCAAGAAUCUCAAAGAUGGCAUUGACAAGCUUGAUGCAUUUCUGCAGUCCCUUCCCAAAGAGAUUCCAGUAGAUAAUAUUGCUUCUCUGAAUGUGACUUUCUUGAGUGAUCCUUUGCUGACCAGCAACUCCAUUCAGUUUGACAUCAAUGGAUUGUUCAUGGCAAGGCAAAAUACAUCAUCUACAUCAAUGGAGUACUUCAGGAAUUCACAAUCAUCGGUUCUCUGCUCAGAUCCUUCUAAAAUGCUUGGAAUUGAACUGGACGAAGCUGUUUUCAAUUCUGCUUGUGCACUAUAUUACAAUGUAAGUUGCGGCACUUCAUAGUUCCUACAUAACACCUAAUGCUACUGCUAUCCAUCAGGUUACUGAGCUCGUCGAUAUGUGAUACAUUGGGCCGUAAAUUUGUCUUUUAAGCUACCAAGGCAUUGAACUCACUCUGAUGGGUUGACAUUAGCAAUUCCUGUCUACUUCCGUGUCAACACCUGGAACCUCUAAUUAUUUGGUUGGAUUGACAGCCAGUUCAUCAUUGGAUUGCUAGCAUGAAUGUCAUUUAGGAGAGAGAAAGUUCUUGAAUACCUGUAUUGUCACAUAUAUGCCAGUUCAGUGCCCAGACAUGAAACUCAAGCAAUGUAUGACAAUUUGGGCAUUCAACUCACGUAUAUGUGACAACUUGGGUACUGAUCUCAAACUUUUUCUCUCGUAAAUGCUAUCUAUGUUUGCGAUAUGAUGCUAACAAGGUUUUCAUGUAACUGAUGUUUACCACGUUAUUAACGCAGAAGUGAGACAAGUGAUGGAAUGACUAACAUUUGAUCCAUUCGAGUGAGUUUGAUGCUCAGUGUGACUCAGUGACGAGUUCAGUGACCAAAUUGGUCAACCCAAUAUUGUCCUGGGUUUCCAACGUAGUAGCAUUUAAUAUAAAACUCAUCAGUCAUCUCUUUCUGUUAUAAAACUGUUGGCAAUUCUUACCUCUGGGAGCAGGCAAAAUUCAUGCAGUGGAUUGUGGACAAAAUCCCAGAUCAAGCUCUUCUGAACACAGCUGGAUGGAGAUUCAUCGCUCCGAAACUAUACAAGAAGUACCCAAAUGACGACAUGAACUUAAACAUCUCCUUGUCCUCCCCUCCGGUGAUUAGUGUUUCGGAGCAAAAGAUCGACGCAACAGUAAAUGCAGCAUUGAUCAUCAACGUAUUGGAAGCGAAUCAAGCAAUACCAGUUGCUUGUGUUUCUUUUGAAGUUAGUGGGUCGGCUUCAGUGAGGAUCUCGGGGAACAACCUGGCGGGGAGCAUGAAACUGGACGGCUUCACAAUGAUCCAGAACUGGAGUGAUGUUGGCAAUCUUCCAUUGUUUGUCAUUCAGCCAGUGAUGUGGACAGCCAUAGAAACGGUGUUCUUGCCGUAUGUGAAUGCACAUCUCGCACAGGGGAUCCCGUUGCCUAUCGUCCAUGGAUUUGCCCUGCAGAAUGCAGAGACCGUCACUACAAGCUCGAAGAUCACGGUCUGUGGAGAUGUGGCGUAUAGGGAUGAUAAACAGAGAACUGAACUCCAUAUUUAGAGUUCUGGUAGUUCGUGUGGAACCGAAUUCUCGACAAAAAGGCAUGUUUUACUACUAGGUGGGGAGCUAUGUUAAAACCCCAAGUAGUAAAAUGACACUAAAGGUAGAAUGGUUGUUCACAGAGAAGAUGUUGUUAAUGAUGUGUAAAUGUUACACACUAGCUAGUUCUCUGUAUAGAUAAGUACAUGUCAUUGUAGGAAUAAAGAACGAGUAAAUGUAAAUAAAUACCUCUGUCUUGCUUUAACUUAUGUAUUGUUUUUCAAAACAAAAUAUAAAUAGAACGAGUAACGUAAAUACC